GUUAGCCAAAUCAGUAUCAUUUCAAGACCUGACACAAUAUGACAAUAAUCAUUCCGCGCUUGCUGUUGCUCCUCGCGAUCUUCGCCAGCCAAACGGAGGCACGCGCCUCACAGGGCCUCCAAGUGCAGCUGCCGCAUGGCGGCUGGCUGCUUGGACGCCAUCGCACCACGCACAGUGGACGCCACAUGCGCGCCUUUAUGGGCAUUCCGUAUGCGCUGCCACCGCUUGGAGAGUUGCGCUUUCGUCCACCGAUUCCACAGCCUGGCUGGGAGGGCGAACGUUUGGCGCUGAAGGAUGCGCCGAUCUGCAUGCAACGCGAUCCCUUCAGACGCGACAUGCUCAUCGAGGGCUCCGAGGAUUGCCUCUAUCUCAAUGUGUAUACGCCGGAUCCCGUCGAGAUCGCCGGAGACAAACUGUUGCCCGUCAUGGUUUGGUUCCAUGGCGGUGGCUGGCAAUGCGGCUCCGGUAUUAGCAGCUUCUAUGGUCCCGACUUUCUACUCGAUCACAACAUUGUGCUUGUCUCGGCGAACUUCCGGCUGGGUCCUUUGGGCUUCCUCAGCACCGAGACGCUCGAUUGUCCCGGCAACAAUGGACUCAAGGAUCAGUUGCAAGUACUGCGCUGGAUACGCGACAAUGUGGCCGCCUUCGGAGGUGAUCCGCAGCAGGUGACUGUGUUUGGUGAAAGCGCCGGCGGUGCCAGUGUCACAUAUCACAUGUUGUCGCCCCAAUCGCGUGGUCUUCUGCAUCGUGGAAUUGCCCAAUCGGGCACGUACUACAAUCCGUGGGCGCAGCCAGCGCACAAAGGCGUGGCAGCUAAACGUGCUGCGAAACUGACGCAGCUGGUGGAUUGUGAUGCAGCUGGCGAGGAUUGGGCAGCCAAAUUAAAGUGUUUGCGUAGCAAACCAGCUGAGCAAAUUGUAGCCACGCUCUACGACAUGUUUCUUUGGGACUUUGAUCCCAUGAUCCCGUUUCCGCCUGUCAUUGAGCCGCAACACGAUGACGCCUUCUUGACCGAGUUGCCACGUGAGACAUCAGCGCCACCGCAUGGCCAACAGCUGCCACUGAUGCUGGGUGUCACCUCGGAGGAGGGAUUGCUCAAGACGGCAGCGUUGCUCAAUUUGCCACAGUUGCUGUCGGAGUUUAAGACGCGUUUCGAGCAACUGCUGCCCGUCGUGUUGAACUAUGAUCAUCAUGCUAACGAGACUCAACAGCAGAUCACUCAGCACAUUGAGACAUUCUAUUUCAAGGCCGGACACAAUUACAACAAGUCCAAUCAUCAGAAUUUAACCGAUCUCAUUUCGGAUGGCUGGUUUGUGGCCGGUGUCGAUGAGUAUCUGCAGAUGCGUCUCCAGGAUAAGCAGCAAUCUGUGGCACCCACUUAUGUGUAUCUCUUCGAUCACAAAGGUGCCGCCAGUUUUUCCGAGCUCUUCAAGGGCGGCCACAAUGAAUUCUAUGGCGCUUGUCAUGCCGAGGAGCUGCAGUAUCUCUUUCCCAUUGGCCAAGAGCUUUUUGUUAGCGCUGUGCCAACGCGUCAGGAUCUCCAGUUGCGUGAAUUGAUGUUGCGACUUUGGGUGAAUUUUGCCAGCAGCGGCGAUCCGAAUCCUGUGAUAGGCACUAGCAACUUACCCAGCUGGCUGCCUGCCUCCUCGUAUCCCGUUACCUAUGCCCGACUUGGCACCAAACUCGAUCUCGAUGCGAAUAAUGAUGAAUUGGUGCCGCCUUUAUUGCGCAUGGAGGCGGCGCUGCUGCAGCAUCGAGUGGACUUCUGGCGGCAGCUCAAGGCCCAUUUACCUGCCCAUCGACGAUCGUCGCAUCAGCACAACGAGCUAUAAUUGCUGCAUACAAAUAUUCAUGUACAUAUAAUUUUUAAAUACACCUUUUUUUACAAAUUACCGAGUUCGC